CCUCGCGCUCUGCUUUUACUUAACCACUAACUUUCAUGCCUCAAAGCGAAAAUAUAGCUCUCCAUCCAUGUCCAACUGCCCAUUUGCACUGUUGCCCGAUUUUCCUCUUCUUCACGAUGGCAGGCUCAUCUAAUGGGCCGGCGAAUGGAGCACAUGUCAACAUGAUGACAGACACGAUCAUCGCGAACCUGCCCCCCGAGGGCCUCCGGGCCGUGAUGCGCCUAAUUCUUGUGUCGCGCCCCGACGUCACUCCCACCUUUGAAGCCGAGACUCGAAAAUAUCUCGGGCAAGGUGCAGCUACUUCUCUAGGAGCUAGGAUUCACAAUCUUGACAUGGAUGGGUUGAAGAAGGCACAGCAAUUGAUUCGAUGUAUGCUGGGCUCGGGCAUUCCCUUUGAGGGAAUACCCUGGCUAGGGAAGGUUGCUGUUCGCGCUGCAAAUCUGGCAAUCGAACUGCGAGCCGUCGAUUCGGCUGGAGCUUUUGCGCUCCUUGCCUCCAUCGAUGGCGACGUUGUCCAGGCGAUGACGGCUGUCCAAAAAGCCCUAUUUUCUCAGUCCGGCGUUCGGACUAUGUCUAUCGAGGAAAAGGAUAUCGUGGAACAGCUUUUUGAGGCGCUAAAUUCGUGCCAGGAAGUUUUCCGUGGAGCAGAGUAUCCCUACCGCAGAAGUACGAUUGCCACCGCCAGUACGUUAGGAGUCCCACAGCCUCAUCUGCAAUUUAACGACACGGCGAGCGCCAAUAUCAAGGAAAUCGUUCCACCCGCCAAGCCAAGCGAGACCUUUACCCUUAAUGGAAAACAAGUCCCUCGGAUCUUCUCAGGACUCUGGCAAAUGUCGAGUCCUGCUUGGGGACCAGCCACAACGUCGAAAAUUAUCGAACAAUUCUCAGUACAUGCUCAGAACGGUUUCACAGCUUUCGACAUGGCGGAUCACUAUGGCGAUGCUGAGAUCAUAUUUGGGCAAUUUCGGUCCUACUACCCUUUCAAAGAUGCACUUUUCACAGCCACAAAAUAUUGCGUUUUUCAUCCCGUGACAAUAAGUCGAGACGCAGUGCAUAGCAAUGUCACUGAGCGGUGCAAAAGACUGCAACUUGACAAGCUAGACCUACUUCAGGUUCACUGGCAGUUUUAUGAGAAUCCUCAGUACCUUGACGCCAUCGAGUAUAUUAUGGAAGAUGAUCGCGUCGGUGCCGUAGGCCUUUGCAACUUCGACACAGCUCACCUCGAGACGGUUCUCAACCGUGGCUUGCGUAUAUAUACCAACCAAGUCCAAUUUUCUCUCAUCGAUUCUCGUCCCACCGAGCAGAUGGGUCAGGUUUGCGAGAGACACGGCAUUAAACUCAUCACUUAUGGUACUCUGUGCGGGGGUUUCCUAGCAGACAAAUGGCUUGACCAACCUGAGCCUGAUAUAUAUGAUGACACAGUUACGCCAAGCCAACGUAAAUAUUAUGGAAUGAUAUGCAGUUGGGGUGGUUGGGCUCUAUUCCAAGAUCUAUUGUCCGUGUUGAAGGACAUUGGUGCGAAACAUUCAGUCAAGAUCUCUAACGUGGCCACAAGAUGGGUGUUAGACUUUCCCUACGUUGGAGCCGUGAUAGUCGGCGCCCGGAUGGGUAUCAGCGAGCAUACGAGCGACAAUUCUGCCACAUUUGGGUGGACGCUGGAUAAGGAAGACCAGCACCUCAUUGAUGGGGUUUUAACGAGAAGCCGGAAGGUAGAACUGUUCCAGACGAUGGGUGAUUGUGGAGAGGAAUAUCGAUGAACAAGGUAGUUUAUCCAUAUUAUAGGAUAUCUUUAGGCGUUACGGAAGUUGCAAG